CAAUUGGCUGCCUUUGGGCUCGCGUUGUUCCUAUGAAAGUCUUCCAUACUUUCGGAAUAAAGUGGACUUUCAACACCGGGCCUUUCACGAUCAAGGAGCAUGUUGUGAUUACAUUGAUGUCCAACGUAUCAAUUGGAUACGCAUAUGCGACAGAUGCGCUCCUCGCUCUCGCCGCAAAGCCAUUAUACAACAUCGACAUGGGCUGGGGGUUUCAACUCCUCUUCACCUUGAGCAGUCAAUUGAUUGGAAUUUCUCUCGCUGGUCUCUUUCGCCGCUUUCUGGUCUGGCCGUCAGCAAUGAUGUGGCCUGGCCAAUUCUCAAAUACUUCACUCUUCUACGCUCUGCAUGACAAAAGCAAGCCCGACCAGACUCACACCAAUGGAUGGAAAAUCUCGACCUAUAGAUUCUUCUUGUAUGUUACGAUAGGAUCAUUUGUUUGGUACUGGGUGCCUGGUGUGUUGUGGCAGGGGUUAUCUGUCUUCGCUUUCAUCACUUGGAUCAAACCGAAUAGUGUGGUACUUAACCAGCUGUUUGGUGGCUUCACAGGGCUUUCACUGAUUCCAAUCACAUUCGAUUGGACCUACGUAUCAGCUUACCUCCUCGAUCCUCUUCUCGCUCCCGUUCACGCUCUCUUCAACACCCUAAUCGGCCUCAUAAUCUUCGUCAUAAUCUCCGCAAUCGGCAUUUCCUACACGAACGCCUUCUACUCCGACUACCUUCCCAUGUCCACAUCCUCCACCUAUGACAACACCCAGUCUGCCUACAACGUAUCGCGCAUUCUAACUCAAGACUAUAAGUUCAAUCUCACAGCCUACAAAGCAUACAGUCCUAUGUUCCUAGCACCGACAUUUGCGCUGAAUUAUGGUUUGAGCUUCGCAGCUUUGCUGGCAGCGAUCGUGCAUACGGCGAUGUUCCAUGGGAAGGAGAUUUGGUAUAGAUUCAAGGCCGCGAGAAACCAAGAGCCAGAUAUUCAUAUGACUCUAAUGAAGAAGUAUAAUGAGGCUCCGGAUUGGUGGUAUGGUGCGCUGUUUGCGAUUUCGAUGGGGUUGGGAUUGGCGACUGUGUUGUGCUUUGAUUCACAGCUACCUUGGUGGGCAUUCUUCGUAUCAAACAUAUUGGCGCUGGCUUUCAUCAUACCGACUUGUAUGCUUCUGGCCACGACGAACAUCAUGCUAUCACUCAACGUUCUGUCACCAUUUCUAGCUGGCUUCAUGAUUCCAGGGGAACCUAUCGGUGUUAUGCUAUUCAAAGUGUACAGCACCAUUACUCUUGGUCAAGCUCAGACCUACUGCGGCGAUCUCAAACUUGCUCAUUAUAUGAAAAUCCCACCAAAAACGGUCUUCUGGUGCCAGAUUGUCGCCUCAAUAUGGGCUUGCUUUGUACAAAUAGCUGUCAUGAACUGGACAUUGGGCGCGAUUGACGGCGUUUGCACACCAACGCAAGCGGCGCACUUCACCUGUCCAAACGGAAAGACAUUCUUUUCUUCUAGCAUUGUUUGGGGUGUCAUCGGCCCACAGCGCAUGUUCGGACCUGGAAGUAUUUACCGUGCCAUCCAGUGGUACUGGUUGCUCGGUGCUCUGUUACCAGUUCUCUUCUACGUUAUCGUAAGAAGCUUCCCACGUACGCCUUUGAGGAUGCUCAAUGCACCUGUCAUGCUGGGGGCCAUGGCGUGGCUUCCGCCAGCAACGCCCCUUUCCUUUUCAACUUGGGUCUUCUUCGGCCUGUUAUUCAACUACAGCAUCCGAUCUCGUUAUCCAGGGUGGUGGCACACGUAUAACUACAUCACGGCUGCCGGUUUGGACUCCGGUCUUGUGAUCGCAACUAUUAUUAUUUUCUUCGCCAUCACGUUACCUGGUGUGGAUAUUCCGCAGUGGUGGGGUAAUGUAGAUAUCUACAACACCGUUGAUGCAUCGUACACCGCAGUACGCAAGACGGUUCCGGAAGGUGGUACUUUUGGACCUGCUAGUUGGUAAUUCAGAUUGACAUCGGAGGCAUUGCAGCAGUUGUGAUGACCCUAUUUUCAGAGAUUGCUGAAGAGAAGGUAUGAGAAUUAAGAAUAGGAGCGAACUAUUUUCAUUCAUUACUAGAACAUCCAUUAAAGGGCAUUUCUUACUAGGGGCUACAUCAAUGGAUGAAGGGCACUGUACAUUAAGAGGCAGGAGGAGAUGGGAGGCAGGCACCCUUGGUUUAUGCAGCGAGACAUUUUUUAGAUGCAAACCACACUGCUUCAUGGCAAUUUUGUCCGAAGAUCAACGCCUUGAAUUAUAUGAAUCUGUUUUGACGUGGAAUCCAUAUCAACCAGUAUCACGGGCACCCCUCCACAUCAUGCACAGUGCCAUCUAUCGAAUUUUGUAAGAUCUCAACAGAGUCUACAGAGCAAUUCAAGAUGAGAAAAUAUUACACUCUUCCACUCACACAGUGAACUUGGUCUUAUUCUCCUCCGCUGCAUCCAAAGCCGCCUUCUUCACAAAGUCCUCACCCGCCUCAUCAAAAAUGUCAAAUCCCCAUCUUGCAGGGAAAUUGAACCUCUUGUGUCUCUCCAGAGCAGCCAAUUCCUGCAUCUGUUCUUCCGGAAUGACAAAAUCCUGAAAAUUGCUCUCAAUCCUCGACGGCGUGACGCUCUUUGGUAGAACCACAUGACCUCUCUGAACUCCCCAGCUCACAAGCACCUGACCGGGAUCCUUCCCCAAUUUCUUCGCAACUUCGUGCACUUUUGAAUCAUCAACAGUCCGUGGCUCGCCUGUUUGAUUAUUUC